AUGUCCCAAAACGUGCCCAUAGAAUGGAAAAAAGUAAAAAAUAUAGAAUUGGUAACUGGCACCUCGCACAUGCGGACUAUAAGUACGCCGAGAACUGGAGUGAAGACAGUGCAUCUCUCAGUGCCAGUCAUCAUGAAGUUUCUGAUCCUCGCCGCUCUGGCCGCCGUGGCCGCCGCCGACACACAGGGAUACGGCGCUCCCCCUCCUCGCUACGCCUCCAGUGAGGAGAUCGCCAUCUUGAGGAACGACUUCGUGAUCGAGGACGACGGAAGGUACAACUUCGACGCGGAGACUGCCAACGGCAUCGUGGUGUCAGAGCACGGCACUCCCGGACUUGAGGGAGCCAUCAACAGCGCCGGAUCCUUCUCAUACACCGCUCCUGACGGCACUGACGUCCACCUCCAAUUCGUUGCUGACGAGAACGGCUUCCAGCCCCAGGGCGCCCACCUGCCCGUGGCUCCCGAGUUCCCCCACCCGAUCCCUCAGUUCGUCCUCGACCAGAUCGCCUUCGCCGCCGAGGAGGACGCCCGCAAUGCCAAGAGGCCCUCCUCCGGUGGCUACCAGUGAUUGGAUAUAGUUGAGAGAUUAGAAGAAACGAAUGAGAUCCGACAUGACUUUGUACAAAGAUAUUAAUGUAUAUUUAUUGUUUGAUAAUUAGAUAAUAAGUGUCAUACUGUUC